AUGGCGCCACACGCAAGCUCCCUACAGACCAGCACGUCUGUCAAACUGGAUCAAUCGAAUGGCGCGGAAUCACACUCGGUAUGGAGUUUCAUCAAGAGAAAUGUGGAUUCACGCCCACUGUCCACCGCCGUCUCGGAAGGCGAAAGGUUCUUAACCUACCAAGACCUCGACACAACUUCAGCGAAACUGGCUGCGGUCUUCCUCGAUCGUGGAGUGCGUGCAGGGGAUACGGUUCCCAUUCUGCUGACCAGGAGUCUGGAAAGUGUAACGGCUAUCCUUGCGCUGCUACGGCUUGGUGUAUGCUAUGUGCCCAUGGAUGCCGAUUCCUGGGGCGAAGCGCGAAUCGACGCCGUCUUGCGAGCCACAGAACCGACCAGAGUGAUUCUCACGGUUGAUGUCAGUCACAAGAUUGAUAGGUCUAUGUUGAUAACUGCGGAAGAGGUCAAAUCUGCAUGGAAUAAUUCAUUCAAUACCGCACAAAUGGAGACGGUGGCGGAAAGUCUGCAUCUGCACCAGCACCCGGAUGCGUGGAUGUAUAUUAUUUUUACAUCUGGCACGACGGGACAGCCAAAGGGAGUUGUGAUUCCGCAUCGAUGCAUCGUGAAUUAUGUGCAGCAGGGAAGCGACAAGGGAAUGCCAUUUAACCUGGGUGUCACCCAUAGCGAUAGGGUACUGCUACUGUUCUCUCUUGCGUUCGACGCUGCGUGGGGAGUCUUCUUCAGUAGUCUUUGCCACGGUUGCCACCUCGUUCUCUCCGAGCCCAGAAGAGUGUUCGAAGACGUGAAGAGCUGUACAAUUCUACCUGCUACACCAUCUCUCCUUAGCACUCUCGGUGAGCCUCAAAAUUAUCCCAACGUCAGGUCCAUAUUUCUGGGUGGAGAGUCCCCGAGUCCAAAGCUUGUGCAAGAAUGGUGGAGCCCCAAACGCCGCAUUUUCAACUGCUAUGGUCCUACUGAAGCUACCAUCUGCACUAGUAUGGGCGAGGUACGCCCCGGACAAAAGAUCACGCUGGGCGAGCCAAUGACGGACACGCAGUUAUUCAUCCUGAACGACCAGCUGGAAGAAUCGCAGGACGGGGAGAUAUAUAUCAGUGGACCCGGUCUUGCAGUCGGAUACUAUAAGAACGAGGCGCUGACAGCGGACAGAUUUGUCCAAUGGCGAGGCCAACGGAUAUACAGAACUCUAGAUCGUGGUCGAAAGCUGCCAGAAGGAAUUAUGUUCUGUGGUCGCGAGGAUAGCAUCGUCAAGAACCGUGGAUACUUGAUCAAUAUCGAGCUUGAUGUAGUUCCUCUUUUGCUCGCUUAUCCACAGGUGACAACAGCGGCGGCAUUUAUGCACAAAGGAAAGCUGAUAGGAUGCAUCGCACCGAAAGCCGUGGACGUUACGGAGAUGCGACGACGGCUGUCCCAAGCAAAUGAUGCCUUUUUGGUACCUGACCACAUAGCAGCGUACCAGGAGCUUCCAACAUCCCCCAACGGCAAAGUUGACGUAGCAUGUCUGCAGAGAACAUUCACUGAUGAGACCGAAUGUGAUGAGGAUUGCUUUGCGGAUGGCACUCGCUUGACUGCAGUCAUCGGUGCGAUAGCAGAUACCCUGGGACUACCCACAAGCUCGAUCUCCACAAGCUGUAGCUUCCGGGAGUUGGGAGGCAAUUCUUUGCUUGCCAUCAAAUUGGUAUCCGGCUUGCGUCAGCGUGGACUCAAAGUCUCCUUUUCAGAUAUAUACGAAUCGAAAGGCUUGGAUCAACUCGCCGAGAAAUGUGUCUCUGUCCCCAGGAGCGGGGGAACGCCCAUCGAGGGUGCGCCUGCCUCUCUGGCUGUUGAUGCUCCGAUCACCACAACACAGACGGGAAUGAUACGCUCAUCAAUACGAAAGUCUGCGACAAGUUACAUGCUCGUGUCGGUUUCUGUCCCUUGGGCCCCUGAGCCGGACCACAAUGAGAAGUUUAGACGCGCCUGGGAACAAGUUAUGCUGAGGCAUUCCAUUUUCCAGACGAUUUUUGACCUCCUUGCAGGUGUCCAAAAGCCAGUUGAACAAGGCAACUUCGAUUGGCGAGAGCGAUGUGUGUCGGCAGAGGAAUUAGACUCAGCUGUCGAAGAAGAAUCCUCUCUUCUUUUGCUGAGCACUAAUCAUCAGGAUGAAGAAGGAAUGUUCCGUCCGCGAAACUCUUUUCGUUUGGUGAGCGCGCCAGAAAACUCAAAAGCAGUGUUGCUGUGGUUGGUUCACCACUGUCUGGUGGACGGAUGGUCCAUGGGAUUAGUUGUUCAAGAGGUCCAAGCAAUUCUAAGAGGAGAGAACCUGAAAUAUCCUCCUCAAUUCUGGCAAUUUGCGCAACUACUCUCACGGCAUCUAGAAGACGCUGGUGGCAAAGGGAAGCAGUUCUGGAAAGAUGCUAUGUCGCGAAUCGGCGACGGCGUGUCCCUGAGCCUUCCCAAGCCUGUAGCUCCGGCUGAUAGAAGUCAUUUUGGGGUGACAAGCUUGGCCAUCGACCUUCCAUUGCUACGAAUAGAGCAAAUUUGUCGCAUAGCCGGAGUAACGUCUGCGACUAUGUUAUACGCUGCCUGGGCACUCCUUCUGAAGACUUACACCGCCCAAGACGACCUGGUAUUCGGAACCGUGUUCUCAGGGCGCGACUUCCCUUUGACAGACAUUGACAAGAUCGUGGGACCAUUGCUAAAUGCAUGUCCACUCCCCAUGAGCUUCGCAGGAUUGAACGCAAAGGAAAGUCUUUUGGAUUAUGUAUGCAAGGCUGUGCACCAAGUUGCUGAGCAUCAAUGGACGGCCGCAGAGGCAUUGAGAGAUAUCACGUCAGGAAACCAUAACAAUAUCUUUCAGACAAUGCUGUUCUUAGAGUAUGAUUUGCCAGGCUUCACGAACAGUGGUUGGGAGUUCAGCCGCACCGAUGUCCCUGAAUUCCCGCUGACAGUCUUGAUACAGCGGAAGCGUGGUGGCCUCUAG